AUGAAUUUUGAAAGUUUGGCACAUACUAUAGAUGACGAUUUUGAUUUGACCUCGGACUUAGAUCACGGUGGUAUUGUCAUUCCUACGCAAACCUGUGAACAUGUCCAAUAUGUCGAAUUGCUCGAUACGAUCGUUCGUAUAACUCCAACGCAAUGUGUCGAUUGUGAAAGUACGACAGAAAAUUGGUUAUGUCUAUCCUGCGGAGAAAUUCAUUGUAGUCGAUAUGUAAACAAUCAUGGAGAAGGUCAUUGGUUAUUUACUCUACUUACUGAUGAAAAGUACAAUGUGGGACAUUGUUUGACAAUCGGUCUAGAAGAUUUAUCGGUUUGGUGUUAUCCAUGUAAAUCGUAUGUAAAAAACGUUCGACUCAAUCCGUUGAUAAAGUGUAUUGAGUCAAUUAAGUUUGGUUCCUCCAAUGAUUCGUUGGAUCAAUCAUGUGACUGUGAAACACUCGAUAAUUUAAUUCCAACAGUAGAUAACCAUAAUCCAUCGACAAUCAUUGCGAUUCAAGAAGCCAGUUUGUUAAAAGAAUUGACUAAAACUGAUCUUUUAUCCUUUUGCUACACGAUGAAAUUUCGUUCGGCGUCAAUUGAUGAAUUAGUUCGCUUACAUUCAAGUGAUUAUGUCAAUAUGAUUGUUUCAGCUGAAAAGGUUCAUUCGAAAAUCUCAAGCAAACGUUUUCAUAUCUCAUGGUUCGAUACGGCAUUGUCUACCGCACGUCUAAGUGCUGGAAUGACCAUCGAUUUAAUUCAAAAUGUUGUAAACACAGAUCAUAUCAAUGGUUUUAUACUUUCCACAUCUCCAGGACAUCGUGCUUUGAAAGAUCAUGGAAAUGGUACAUCUAUCUACAAUAACAUCGCGUUAGGAGUUAAUUCCGUUCUAAUGGACAAAUCAACGAAUAAUCCAAGAAAAUCUUCAUUAGCAUUAAUUGAUUCGAAUAAUCAUGUACACAUGGAAGGUGCUACACCCAUUGAAGAUGCCAUCUGUCAUAUGAUAAACGUCUUGACUCCAUCGUCUGUGUUCGAACUGAAACAACCGGCAGCUAAAAUUCCCGUAGUUACUGAUAAUAAUAAUAAUAAAAUUCAAAUAGAACGUGCUUUCAUUGUUGAUCUAACAUGUGAACAUGGAAGUGGAAUUCAAUCGGUCUAUUAUGAAUCGAAUCAAGUGUUUUAUCUUUCGAUACACAAAGAAGAACAUCAACAUCGAUCGAGUUAUCAUGAAUGUGGCAAAAAUCAAGGUAUUGGAUAUACCAUGAACAUUCCGUUGGCAUGUUUCGAUCGAGCUUAUGACAAAGAUUAUGAAACGAUAAUGAAGGAGUUGAUUCUUCCAAUAGUAAAAGAAUUUCAACCGGAGUUGAUUGUUGUUUGUGUUGAUUUCGAACUUCCACAUAUAACAGCGUCGUGUUAUGCUUGGAUUAUUGAACAAUUCCGUCGCAUCGAUCAAAGUAAACUCGUCGUUGCUCUCGAUGGUGAUUUGUCGAACGUAUCAUCGAAAUCAGCCUAUGUACAAAAGGUACUCUCAGUUUUAAUCGGAAAAUCAUCGGAAAUAUCCGAUGACGAAUGGAAAAAUAGUGGUGUCAAUAAAGAUGUUCUUCACAAAAUCGAUUUAAUCAAACAAAAACAUCAACACUAUUGGUCUUGUUUUCAAUAA